AUGCCUCGCAACGAAAUCCUCUGGUCGGAUGAGCAAAACCAGCGAGUAUGGACCGUCUACGACCAAGACAUGGGCAGCGAAUCGGAUCUCGAGCAGGACGAUGACGAAACCGCCAACAACGACGUUGCCAUCCUCCAGCUUCACGAGCACCGCUGGGAGGACAACCAGAUCCAGAUCCAGGUCGAGUGGGCGACCGGUGAGAAGACAUGGGAGGCGGAGGACACCAUCCACGCGCUCGACAAGAGAAUCUUGAUCCAGCAUUGGAACAGCCUUGGUGGGCGGCCACUCAAUCCCGCGCACCCCCACGAGCUCAACGUUUUCGCCAUCCUGGCUGUUCGUGCCGGCCGGCGACCUCAGCAGUUCCUGAUUGAGUGGACCGGCGUGGAGGAGCCGAGCUGGCAUCCUGUCGAGAUGAUUGUGGACGCCAGUGGUGAUGAGAUGUACUAUUAUGAGUGCCGUCUCAGGAGGGCGAGGGGCGGGCGAGGGUUGAGCGAUGAGACGAGUGAGGAGGAGGUGAGCGAGCCAGUCUCGGAAUCGGGAUGA